AUGGGCGAGCCCGAGUACGAGAGCGUGGUGCUGGUGAAGCAGGAGGUAUUUGUGUACAAAAUACCGCCCCGGCAGAGCAACCGAAGCUAUCGAGCGGCGGACUGGAACCUACUCGAUCCAAUCUGGACCGGCCGGUUGCGGAUGGUGGCGAAAGGACGCUCCCUUUGCGUGAAGCUAGAGGACAAGACCAGCGGGACGCUGUUCGCAAACUGUCCGAUCGAGAGCUACCCGGGAGUCGCGAUCGAAGCAGUUUCGGACAGCUCGCGCUACUUCGUACUGCGGAUACAAGAUGGUAACGGGCGAACCGCCUUCAUUGGGCUCGGCUUUGGCGAUCGUUCCGACUCGUUCGAUCUGAACGUUGCGCUUCAGGAUCACUUCAAGUGGGUGAAGAACGAGGAGAAAAUCGAGAAGGAGAAGGUCGAACCAAAGCAGCAACUUGAUCUUGGUUUCAAAGAGGGCGAAACUAUUAAGAUUAACAUGAAAAUUACGAAAAAGGACGGCUCGGAGGCGUCCUCACGGCUGACGGGCAAAAAGACGGGCACCGGUGGUCUGUUGCCCCCACCACCGGGUGGAAACAAGAUUAGUCCACCACAGGCCAGUUCGCCUUCGCACCAGCAGCAGCCGGGUGCGCCUCCUUCAUCGUCUGGAGCUGGCGGACCAACGGAGUGGGGCGAAUUUACUUCCGCCGGGUACGCAGAACUUUCCAUUCCGAGUCGAUUGAAGCGUUUAACGCCCUUUCCCUUUUUUAUUCAAUUAUCGCGCAGCGUCCAGAGUUCCGGCGCAGAUACGGCCGCUAAGACUAGCAAACCCAACGUAAACUGGGUGCAGUUUUAAGCUAUCGCCGAGCAUUCCUGGUUGAGCGUCGGAUACGGCCGAACAUGUUACAGAUACGAUAUCGUUGUGGUCGAUGUAUUUAGUUGAACGAAUAUAUCGCGCUGGUUCAGUUUGCAUUUCGCAGUAUCCCUCGAUUGCUGAAUUCCGUAGGACUGAGGAUUGGGGAAAUGAUACUAAAUGUCACCAGAAACGGUUUAAUAGAGCUAAUUCCCUCUGUCCCCGCAGAAUCAGCAUCUUUUGCAUACACACAUAUACUUAGCAGCCAUGUGUGCAUGUUUGGGCAAAGGAUAUCUCUC